AUGUUUUUGGCUUUGAUUUCGUUUUUCAGGGCUCCUCCUUAUGGAGCAAUGCGUGGUGGUAUGCUUGAUUAUCAAUCAUUUAAACAUGUUGUUAAAGCAAAUAAAACUGAAAAACUCGAAAUUAAAAAUCCAGACGUUACAAUUAUUUUCAAACCUAAUCCAGCCGUUGAAAUUGAAGCUUAUCUUAUUGUAAAUGGUCGAGAAAUCAAGGCUGGCAAUAUAUUUCCUUCAAAAAAUCGAUUUGGAUUCCAUUCAAGUGAAUUUAAUUGCUCAUAUAAACUAAAAUCACGAGUUGAAACAGAAAUUGAAUUUUAUAUUCUAAAAGAUGCCAAUUUCUGUGAAUUAGUCUUCUUUUCUACUCAUGAAGGAGAAAGUUUUGUUGCAUCAAACGUAGAUUUUGGUAAUAUCACAGUACAUGGCGAAACAGUAUGCUUCAUACAUCAUCCGCCAAUGCCAGUUGAGUUUACAGCCGUUACUGUUGGUACUGGAUUCAUGUUAGAGCAAUAUAUCAAAAAUUCCAAUCCAAAAUCAUUCUUUUCAACACAAUCAUACCAUAAUAUUACAAAUCCCUACGCAGCUUUCACAUUUACACACUUUGAUAUCAAAAGAGAUUCAACAUUUACAUAUAUAGCAAAUAUAGAAGGAAAUAGAAGUGGAAUUUCUCUAAGAUUCGAACACUCCGAGAGAAAUUUCUUUAUUACGAAUCAUAUUAUUGAAAUUGUUCAAAUUCCAGAAGAUGCUUUUCUUCCUUUACCAACUUCUACACCUGUAAUGCCAAAACGGACGCCAUUUAAGACACCUGCUAAAACAUUAGUCCCUAGAACUGCAGAUUUAGGUGGCGGAGGAGAUCUUGAAGAUGAUGACGAGCCAAGAGUAAAUGAAAGAUACCAAGCAUCAGGAAAACGCCGUAGAAAUAGUAAUACUCUGCUAAUACUCAUCUUUAUAAUGAUUAUUUUAAUUACCAUUAUAAUUACCGGUGUAGUCUUAUUCCUUACCUAUUUGAAUAAGAAAACAAUCGGAGAAGAAGAUGCUCCGCUAUUGCCGAUCCAAAGCCAUCAGUUUAUCUUCGUUCCACAGCCUCAACCCGAAAAUUAA